UCGUCGUCGCAGAGAAAGCUAGUUGGGAGUUGGGGUCGUGGCGGCUGGAUGGCUGGACCGAGACGGGAGUCAACAAGUGAUGGUAGUACUACUUAUACACUUCAUCCUGGUCGACUCUGCUCAUAUUUAUUGAUGCUGAUACAAAGUUGGUAGUGCACUUGAUAGUGAUACAUUAUCAUUGUUGUAACAGAGAGAGCGAUGUGUGCAAGGAGGACUAAUCGAGAUAAAAAUAAAAGGAGGAAGCAGGAAAAAAAAUUAUUUGUAUAUAAAUACACACACGGCUAAGAGUCAAGUGUGAGCCGUGAGGGUCAGUGAGAGAGUGUGUAAAUAGCGUGUCGUGCCGCGUGCGGCGUGACUGCGUGAGUGUUUUGACCUGUUAAAGUGUUUGUGCUGGUGCGGGUACGAGAAAAAAAUACAGAAAUUGUUUGUCAGCGCGAGCGGUUUUUCUGUCGGUGAUGCCACUGUAGGAGCAGCUCCUCUUUUAAACAUGUGUUCUGAAAUUCAAGAAAAAUAUAUGAUACACCUAUACCAAAUUUGAGAGGAAGAGAGCAGCCCUGUUGCUCCAAAGACGCUAUUCAUCAUCAUCGUCAUGACAUAUAUGCGGACGACAGCUGAUCUCUCUGCCGUCUAAGGAGUAAGUGCUAGAUGAGCUUCUGUCAAUACAUCUUCUUCGUAAAUUGCCAAACAGAUGUAUAAAGUACCUGUAUCGAGAAGUGCUUAGAUCCACUGUUCCUCUAUCAGCAAUUAAUUAGUAUAGCAGCAGCAUUUAUUCGUCCUUGACCUUCAGCACAGCUUUGGUUUAUGAUGUCAAUACACCAAUAAUAACAACGACAAUAGUUAUAUUUUAUAGUCAAUCAGGCCUUCAAAACUCGAUGACUGUCAAGAUUAACCAAGACGCUCGGCUCUGCCGUCGUCGUCGUCCUCGUCAGCAGCAACUGCAACUUAACUGUGGUUUUUAUUGCUGCUGCUGCUUCAACAGCUCCAGCAGCGGUAUUGCUAAAAGACUGUUUAUCAGCAAAUUUUCGAAUCUCCAGAAAAAACAAGCAACAGCGACGAUUCAUUGGUCGUCCAGAGUGCAUCAUCGCUAGAGAGAUUCGCGAUAUGGCCAAGAGAGCACUUAGCAGCCGAAGAAACGACUCCUGUGACUGAUUUUCGUGUUCGGAGGAGCUGAUAUAUCGGCUCUUGGUUGAGGCAAGAUGACCCUACCGGUGGCUCGCAAACGCAACUCCUCCGUUAGCUUUACGCGGGGCAAGGAUGCCGAGAGUAACGAGGCUAUUGACGAGAUACACAUGUCUCUGGCACCGGCUUACAUACAGAACUAUCUCGCGCAUAGUGGACAGGGUCUGGGAUGCUGUGGUAUACGGCUACCUGUACCCUUUGAAAGAGCUGCACCUAGAUCCUGGUGGAAUCCCAAGUUCGACUCGGAAAUUCUUGAGGGCCAGUACAAGUGCAGUGCGUUUCCACAGAUUAGACUUAGGUUUAGAUACGCGCUCACUUACAUACUGUUAAUAUCAGUUUCAUGGCUGACUUACUUUAUUAUCCUUGGAAUUGAGAACAACAGCAAAUUUUGGCCACCUAUAGCAGUUAUGUUUACCACUGUGGGCUUGAUAGUCUCAGCGAUACUUUACCUAACUCACACAGAUAAAUACAGAACUUUUACUGUCGUGCCUAUAUCCGUGGGUGUUGCCUUGCUGCUUUGUUUUUUAUCAAUACUCCUGCUGGUCUUCGUGCCGCCUAACGAAGACGGCCUAACUUUGGUUGGCCACUUUGCGCUAUGCUCGGAAAUCCUGCUACUGAUAUACACGGUCUUGCCAAUGCCGCUGUACGCGUGCACGCUAAUAUGCACGCUGUACUCGUUCCUCUUCGAGUUCCUCACUGCCUACCUCUAUGGCUUGGCAACUGCCAGGCGCGAGCCCAUGUACCACGAGGUUGGAACAACGCCAGACACCAGCAGACUCCGAAGACUCGUCAACGAGACCUACUCGUUUGCCAGCCGAAUACCCAAAGUCCUACCAAUGCUCAUGUCCAGCUCGAACGAGACAGCUCCAAGCGAUCGCCUCUUGAAUGCCAGCGAGAGCCGUCACGCCGAGGACAUGGACUUUGCGACCACUUUAACCAUACGGAUCCUCAUGCAGCUCUGCAUACACGUAAUCGGCGUGCAUAUCCUAAUAAUGACGUUUGUGCGGAUGCGAGGGACCUUCAUGAAAGUCGGACAGUCGCUUCUUGUGCGCCGUCAGCUCGAGAUGGAGAAGCACCUCAAGGAGAAGAUGAUACACUCGGUGAUGCCACCCAAGCUCUCGGAUUGGCUGAUGGAAGAGAGCGAGCGGGAACGCGAGCGCGAGGACUCGCUGAAGAAGGGCUCGAUACCCUCCAACAACACCGACAUACGCUCGCUCUUUCGGCCCUUCAACAUGCACUCGAUGAACGACGUCAGUAUACUGUUCGCGGAUAUCGUGGGCUUUACCAAGAUGAGUAGUAAUAAGACGGCCGAGGAGCUCGUUGGGAUACUGAACGAUCUGUUCGAGAGGUUCGACGAGCUGUGCGAGCAACACGGCUGCGAAAAAAUAUCCACCCUGGGCGAUUGCUACUACUGCGUGAGCGGCUGCCCGGAGCCGAGACUCGAUCACGCCAAGUGUUGCGUCGAAAUGGGCCUUGCAAUGAUAGAGGCGAUCAAGCAAUUUGACGUCGAGCGUCGCGAGGGCGUCAACAUGCGCGUAGGCGUGCACACUGGCACCGUACUGUGCGGCAUCGUCGGGACGAAGCGGUUCAAGUUCGACGUGUGGUCGAACGAUGUCACCCUGGCGAACAAGCUCGAGAGCACCGGCAAGCCGGGCAGGGUUCACCUCAGCGAGAAAACACUGAGCUUCCUCGCCGACCAGUACCUCACAGAAGAGGGUGAACUUGUCAAUGGCAUAAAAACCUAUUUCGUGAGAACCCGAAGGGUGGACUUUAUGUCGCAGUUCAUGAACAGCGUGAACGCUCCUACGAGCAUAUCGCCGAUCAUGCACGGCCGUCAUCGCCUUUCCUCGUGCAGCAGCCAGCCAAAGCCUCGACCGCAUUAUUUGCACAUGGUGACCAACCCGAGCAGCUAUCGAAUGAAGGCCAACUCGUUGCCGAGUAUUUUAGACUCGGAGAACGACGUCGACAACGCAGACGAGGACGAUGACAAAGAAGUCACGAACAAGUCGCCCACCUCGACAGCGAGUUAUGGCAAAAAGAAAAGUCGCAGUAAGCCCUGGAAGUAUCUGAAACGUCAGAGGACCACCGAGGAGAUGUCACCGUUCGAUAUCGAGGACAGGCGGGCCACGAUUGUCGAGGCCAAGAAAGACCUCACCCCUGCUGUCUCAAAUUUAGACAACAGUAGCUUGCAUGUGAGAAUCUCUGCCGAUGCCACCGUAGAAAUGGAUCCCAAUCCAAUGCCUUCGAGUCCACUGCUUCCUGGACAAGACACAUUGAGCCACGCAUCUUCGAUAUGUAGCAGAAAAGAUUCCGGCAUUCGCAGUAAUAGUAGACGUAGCAGUAUUCAGCAACAGUUGUUCCUGAUGAAUGGAUUGGCUCAAGGUGAUCUCUUGGGACCGAGAGUGAGUGGGUAUUACACGUCGAGUUCAACGCUCAACUCCACUCACGAGCCAUCAUCCUCCGUUCCUCCGUAUCCAUUUCCACCCGCAGUGACUGACACGUUUGGUGCGUGCUUCCAUAAGCUUCGAAAGCAGUCCGAUUUACAAUUGAUUAGAUGUGUGCAAGAUAAUGUAACGUCACAGCGCUCGUACUUCGUUAAGCCACCGCUGUCGAGUGUUACACUUUUCUUCAAAAACAAGGAAAUGGAAAAAGAGUACCGAGAGAACGCUCACAAGGCCUCGGAGGGUAUAGGUGGUAACCCGCCGACCCUCGCCACAUCGCGCUUCAACACGUACUUUGAUAUCCUCGUGUCAGCCAUCGUCUUUACAGCCAUGGCUGUGUCGUUGUUCCUGCUCUGCGAGCCCACAGCUUAUUAUUUUAUUUCCUUCGGCCUCGCCAUUCUCGUGCAAAUUUGUGCGGUCAUGCUGUGCGUUCGCCAAAUAUUAAAUCCAGAUGCAAUGCAGGUCACUUUUGCCUACCGCAUCUUCAAAUUCUUCUCAAAGUGGUACCCGUGGCACGUUUGCGGAGCCAUCCUCGUCGGUCUGCCCAUUGUCUCCAUUCUAAUGAACUUCACCUGCAGUAGCUUUCGAUCGAGCCUCAGCCACUUUGAGUACUACUACAGUUAUCUCGUCAUAGUAAGUCUUGUGCACUUUUGCAACUUCACCCAGCUGAAUUGUUGGAUGAAGAAUCUGCUCGUUACCCUCGCUGGAAUCCUCUUUGUUUGCCUAGUCAUCAGUCAUGUUACCUAUCAUAACCAAGAGAGGAUUGUCACGCUACAGACAAACAUGUCCAAAGAAUUAAAUGUGAAAUUAGUUGGCAACGAUUCGUCAAAGAUUGACCUUCCACUGCUUUCCAUUCCACCAUUUGGCUCCAGUCUCCCAUCAGCCUCGAACAACUUUAGUAUGCACUUGAGAAACUUAAACUCUGCAGACGCUAAAUCAGUCAAGUUGAACAAGAGUCGCAAAUACAACGAGCGACUCUUCGAUUCUGAAAUCUACUUGGACUUUGCUCUACUUCUGUUGCUCGUAUGGUUUUUGAAUCGCGAGUUUGAGAUCAGUUACAGACUGAGUUUUCACGGGAAUUCAGUUGCCGCGCGCGAUAAGAGCCGCGUUCAAUCGAUGAAAAAUCAAGCCGACUGGCUACUCCACAACAUCAUACCCAAGUAUGUGGCUGACCAGCUCAAAACCACUGCCAAGUAUUCGCAGAACCACAAGGAGGUAGGAAUCAUUUUUGCCAGUAUUGUCAAUUUUAAUGAACUGUACGAUGAGUCGUAUCUCGGAGGGAAGGAAUAUCUGCGCGUGCUUAAUGAACUGAUUGGUGAUUUUGAUGAGUUGUUGGAAAAACCAGAGUUUUCCAACGUGGAGAAGAUCAAAACAAUCGGUAGUACCUUCAUGGCGGCGAGUGGCUUGAAUCCUGAGGUCCGACAGAAGAGUGAGCAUAAAUACACGCACCUCUACCAGUUACUCGAAUUCGCCAUUGCCAUGCAUAAAGUCAUUUCCGAUUUUAAUCAAGAUUUACUGGGCUUCCAGCUAAUUUUGCGCGUUGGCUUUAAUUACGGCGACGUGACUGCUGGCGUCAUAGGUGCCACCAAGCUUUACUACGACAUAUGGGGCGACGCCGUCAACAUAGCCUCGCGCAUGGACUCGACCGGCGUGGCCAGUGAGAUUCAAUUUGCCAGCAAUUGUCUCACGGUCAUCUCCGAGAGAUACAAUUCCGAACCCCGUGGCCAAGUUUACGUCAAGGGCAAGGACAACAUGAAUGUGUUUUUGCUAAGAGGUAAAAAGGAGCUGCAUCAGUGAGGUUUGCCUUCAUUUUUCUUUUUGAAUGCAGCGGAUUUUUUGAUUAUUUGAAUGUCCAUAACAAUGGCGUUAGUUUCAAAGCGGUCCCAAGUAGAUGAUGAAAGUUCAACGAAAAUUUACGAUGCAUUUACUGUUCAAUUAAGUUUAUUCAAUGGUUGCACUGUUUAAUGUCCAUGCUAAUUGGUGACUUUUGAAAAGGUUUUAAAAAUGUUUCUUGACGAAAACUCGCAACCACGGGUAUUAUUGACAGUAAUUAGAUAGAUAUCAUGAUAAGUUUGUACAACCAAUUGUUGGAUUUUCGAGCUUUUGUUUUGGACAUUGAAUUUAUAAUCCCCAAAGUCAUUAAGAUAAACAUAAAAAAUAUGGCCAAAAACUAUUUCUCGCUAUUAAAUAUAUAAUUCAGAGUACGAAACAUAAAAGAUAUUUUAUACGAACACUCGUUCGAUUGUGAUAUACGCACGCCUUACUAUUGCCCCAUUGACUGGAAAAGAUGCAAGGAAACGCUUGAACGAAACUAUUCAAUUUGAUAUAAAUUACCGUAUUUUUGUAAUUACAAGAAAUAUUGAAUGCCGUAAACAUAAAGAUGAUGGUAAUUACUGAACGCAGAUAAAAAAAAUAAAAAAAAUCCAGACGCUUAAAUUGUACGUUGCGUUUGCAUGUGUACAAUUAUCGUGACGACGAAUGUGUGGUAUUAUUAUUUUCAUGUGCUUAUAUUUUCGAGCGUCGCGUUCACGUAAGUGUCUUGAUGGUUAAAAUAAGUAUUUGCAUAGUGUAAUUUUGUAUGGGUCAUGUGUGGAAAGUCAUUACGCGAAAAAAAUCAAUUGUUUUUUAUUUUUAGGGUCAAUUGGCUUGUUAGGGACAAAUUUUAAAAUCCACGAGUCAUGUUCAUAGCUCAAUAAUAAAACAACACUCGGAAAAGCUCGAUCAUUGGGGUUCUGAGAGUUUUUAAUAGCAUUUUGUGUGUGUGUGUGUGUGUGUGUGUGUGAUUAGUUGACUCAGACUUGACUGGUUUUGAUGGUGCAAGCUUGUACAAAUUUCAAAUAGAAACAUAAAAAAUACGAAUCCGUGAAAUUUUCAUAAACAUGUCGUUUUACGCGAUUGUUACAUACAACGGCUUUGUGCCGAUUUUUUUUUCUUAAUAUUUGUACUACAGUGUAACAAAUUGGUUAUUUUUUAAGAAAAAAAAAAACACUACUUUUUUACAUGUGUAUAUUUCUAAAAGUUUACAGCUUAGAGAAAACAAUAACAUGUGAGAGCACGUAUUGUUGUUAAAGAGGACAAUUAUUUAAAAUUUGAAAAACUUAGUUUUUAUUCUUGCCCCGUAAGCUAUACGUGUGUGCAUCGUAUUUGUAUAAAACAAAAGUAUUGCUUUUCAAAUCUUACAGGAACUCGGAAAUAUUGUCUUCCGUGGCAUUGCUACCCUUACAUGCAGAGCGGGACAAAAAGUCUUUUUUUUCGAAUACACGAAUGUUACUGUGAAAUUUAUUUGAAAACACGUGUAUUGAAAUUUAUGUUAAAACACAUCACUAAUUGUCCGUCUCUGCUUGUAAUAUGUAUGUACAUGUAUAAACGUCUAGUAUUUUAUUUGUUAACUUGAGCUUUCGUGUCGAUUAACUAACACCUGAAUGAUUCAGACUGAAUCGCUGGUGUUUUUUUGUAAACCAUAACACAAUUAGAUUAUAGUACGAAAAAGUAGGAAUACGUAACAACUCGAAUUCGUAAUAAAUAGAGUCUAUAGCUAAGAAAUAUUAUUUAUACAUGCAUACAAAAAUAAUAUUUACAUGUGUAUUACAUAUGUAUGCUGCGACUCUUUGCGCAGUGAUUGUAAAUUUCUUGACGUGUGUGAAUCUCUCGUUAGGUAUUACGUUUGUAAUUUAAUGGUCGGUCCACAAUGUGGAUCGCACGCUGUACUAUGUUACUACAUGUACAUUGUUGUUGCAUUUUGAAAUGAUCACCUAAAUAUCUGUCUUUGACAAAAAGAUUUUGGGUUAUUCAAAAGUGUUUUUUCGCCAUCAAAUUGUACAUUUUUGUUGUUACUGGUGGUUAAAAGUAGGUUAUUUAAAUCAACUUUCAUUAUGAUUUAUUUUUAAAUAGCAUGUGCAGCGAAAGUAAAUACAAAUAGAUGAUUUUUAUGCGCAAAUCAAUUCAGCAUCUAUUUUCCUUUUUAGUAUUCUUAUUAAAAGAACGAAACCCUAUGAAAUCUUGUUAUUGCGAAUUUGUAACGUUUUAUUUGUGUUUUUUAUUUAAAUUUAUUUAGCUGUUACUGAUCGGUAAAUUUUACAUAUAUACAUAAGCCAAGUCGGAAAAUUCACCCGAUACAUAGGUAUGGUCGGUUAGGGUUGCUCGAGAAAUUUUCACCAGUAGAAAACCUUUCACUAAAAAUCAACCGAAUAAGACUGUCAAUUCACUGGUUUGUGUCUCGCCGGGGUAUUACAAUUUAUAAUAUAUAAACUUAGUAGAAUAAGCGUAUGAUUAAAAAUAAAAAUAGACGUGGUUUCUUAAGAAAUUGUUAAGAAAUGUUUUAAACUCUAGAAUGGGUGCUAAUUCUUUAACGGUUUAUUAAAAACGAAUAAUUGAAAAUUUAUGCAGUUCUGAGAAAAAUUUUUAAACGAAGGGUGUCGGGUAAUUUUUUCAUAGUGAAAACCAUCUUUUACUCAACAAAUAGAGAAAAUUUGUGGUUCUUGUUCUCUAUUUGAAGAGACAAUUUUGACAUUUUUAUUGGUGUCCCUUCAUUCCCUAGAACACGCCAUAAGAGCCCAAAAAUCAUAUUGAAAAAAAUUUUGUUAACAAUACGUUAUAAUCAUCCUCUUAGUAUGAGAUCACAUUUUUUGUCAAGCAUCGAUAGUCAUAGAAGAAAAAAAAAUAAAAAAAAGAGAAUACAAAAGACAGAUCUCCAACUGUUAGUGUUAUGUGUAUGUUCGUAAUGAAAUAUUAUUGUAUGUGUAAUGAAUGUUUCAAAAGUAAAUAAUCAGACGAAUAAACAAGAAAUGAGAUCAAAUUAGGGUGAGUAAAUAGAACAAAAAAAAUAAUAAUAAUAAUAAAUAUAGAAGUGUUUUAUGGAUUCGUAAAAAUCUGACCAGUUAGAAAAAUCGAAAGAAAAUUCUAUCGUUGCGAUUCAACAAGUGAAAAAUUAAUUUUAAUGAAAAUUGUGAAUGAAUUAAAUUAAUGCCGAAAAAAAAGGAAUACGCAUACAUGCAAUUGUUACGUACGUAUGUGUGUAUGUGUAAGCAAAAAGACGAAUCCGAUCGAUAGUUGUAAAACAUAUACAUCCUUUUAAUUAUGGUUAGAUUGUUACCGACGCAUUUAUAAUUAUAUUUAUCCCAUUUAGUAAUGUUACGUGAUGUUUUAUGAAAAUCAUGCCCAAUAAUAAUGAUUUCUUUUCGUUACUUUUACUAUGCAAAUGACUGUACUAUAUAUUAUUAUAUACAACAUGAAACGGGGUCAACUUUUGCGUAGAUGUGAUUGCAAAAUAAGUCAAUGUGCCUACUCUCGAUGUGCAGAUUUAGUGUACAAAAAGAACAAUAGAGUAUUUACAUUCUGUAAUUUAUGUAGAUUGAGUAAAUUUGUAUAAGACAUACUAAAAAAAUAUACGUUGUUAUAUUUGUUAUUUAAAAAUCGAAUUAACUGAUUAUAUUUCAUAAUGAAUAUAUUGUACAUAAAAAUAAAUUUACUUUCAAA